GACCGACUAUGUUCCGGCGCGAAGCGCCAACGAUGGGAGAAUGCCCUGUCGGCUCCGCAGCCGGCGGGCGGCCCUGCUUCCAGAUCCUCAGAUACGUACACUCUAGUUGGGCCCACCGUGACCCGACUGCUCGACGAAGCAGCACCCAUCCCAGUUCUCAGCAUGGGAAUUCCCUUGAACUCGUCUCUGAGCUUGCUCGCCUUCUAUUCCUGUUGCUUGGCUGUUUACAUGCAGCCUUGAAGCGAUUGGUCUUCUCAUAUACCUCGCCUAUUGUACUCAUCCUUCCCGAGAGCAAGAGGCUUUUCAGCAUCUCAUCCAUCCGGGUGGGCCAUGAAGCUUGUGAUCCCACGGCGAAUAAACUGUUCCCGAUGGCACUUACUGUAACAGAAAUGCCAAAGGCAGGAACCCAGCACAUCCGGUGCUGGAUUCACAGUCUCACUGCAACGCGCACCUCGGAUGAAGGCAGGGAACCUUGAUUUGGGUAUUCUGGAAGUGAUCAGCUUAAUCCGAGCCUCUGAGGUUUCAGACAUCAAAUCCCAUAACAAUUAUGCCUUUGACCCGGGCGUGGGAUAAGGCGGUGACCUCCAUUCCAUCACCCUAGUUGUGUGGCUUCUAGGUUGGCAUCAACAUCUCCCACGGCAUCUCGGGACGGAGCCCUGCAAGUCGUACCGCAGCGGUGUGCAUGGACAUGCAAUUACAAGCGACAUCUAACGGCAUGGCGACCCAGCCCAAAACUGC